CAUCCGCAUCAGUUCCUCCACAUCUCCCAGUGAGAGCACAGAGUCUCCAGCGGCCGGACUGACACCACAACCCGGGAUGUAGAGAGGAGCCCCGCACACGGAUAUAUCAGCUUUUCAUUCUGGGUGUCCACAAUCCUGUGUUUUACUUUGAAAGAAAACUUUAAAGUGUCGAAUUUAUUUCCAACAUUAUCUCCACACACCGAGCUGGAUUUUAUAUUUCCCUGCUCUGCUGUCUUCAGUCCUGACCCGGCGCUUCUGAGGAGAUCAGUGCACCCAGGGUGGACUCUCUGCCUCUGUUACCGGACACAAAGUGGAGCUCCACCGGAUAGUUUAGUCCGUAUUCUGCAAAUCCGUGCACGAAAAUAAACUUUUAAAGUUCUUCACGUGGAAUGACGCACUGACGCAGCUCAAGUGAAGCUCCACAUAUUCCUAUCACAUGGCUUCACCUUGACCGACAACCAUCCGGCCCCUCAGUCUCUCCUCUAACUGGAAAAAAAAAUCCAGUUUCUCAAUGGUUCACCACAGAAACACCCUGUCACCGUCUCUCAUUUUGUAAUUUUCCCCCCGUCACCACCAUGGCAGCUGCUCCAGAUGCCCCCUGCCUGUCGGAGCUUGGCGGUCUCCCCAACAGGAACAUCAGCCUCGUCUCCGGGUCCCGCCCCUGCAACCGGAGCACCACCAGGACCUCACCUUACACCCCGCAAGCCACCGCAGCUUUUGCCAUCGCAAUCACCUUCAUGAUGAUCCUCACUAUCGUUGGGAACAUCCUGGUCAUCAUCGCCGUCCUUACAUCCCGAUCCCUGAGGGGGGCUCAGAACCUCUUCCUGGUGUCGCUGGCUGCAGCAGAUAUUUUAGUGGCCACCCUUAUUAUCCCCUUCUCGUUGGCCAACGAGCUGCAGGGCUACUGGGCGUUCAGCUCCAUUUGGUGUGAGAUCUACCUGGCGCUGGAUGUUCUCUUCUGCACCUCCUCCAUUGUGCACCUGUGCGCUAUCGCACUGGAUCGCUACCUGUCAAUCUCUCGGCCCGUGUCCUACGGCGCCAAACGUACUCCAACACGAAUCAAGGCGGCCAUUAUUGUAGUCUGGCUGAUCUCUGCUGUCAUCUCUUUCCCUCCUCUUCUCACGCUGGACAAGAGCGAGGGAGGUGAAGAGGUGUGUGAGCUAAACAAUGAACGCUGGUAUAUUCUCUACUCCACCAUUGGCUCUUUCUUCGCCCCCUGUGUGAUAAUGAUCCUGGUGUAUGUGAGGAUUUAUCAGAUCGCUAAGCAGCAUACACGCUGCCCGCCUGGACAGAAACAUAAAGCAGCAGCAGGAGGAAAUGCCAAUGUCGGAACUAAUGAGCCUCCGCCGAAGUUAUCCGAGCAGUCACAACAGAACGGGGAUCAAGUAGGUACGCCGGCCGGCCAACAAGAAAAAGUCCUGACCAAAAUGUCUGGCUGUGAUUCCACCCCGUCAUCACUUCAAAAACUGCCUGAGAAAACCACAAGCCAGGACACUCAGCACCACCCUGCUAAUUCCAGUGCAGCUCCGAUCCAAAAAUCCACCUCUUCCCCCUCAAUUCCCCAACGUGACAGCCAAAUCCUCUCAGCUGUUCCUAACAAAGAGUCCCAGAUGCAUCCUGACAAAGGGGGGGAAGCGCAACACGACAACUCGUCCAGCUCUGGCUCUGAAAUGGGCGAGGAAGGCGUUCACAGCAAACACGAGAUGAACAAGACUGGCGAGCAAACUUUGGUAUCAUCCCAAAAUAAAGGGUUCAAAGUUCAGAUGCUGAACCUGGCGUCCAGAUACAAAAACACAGUGGCCACAGCAUCUGGCACCAAACUGGUACCUGAGGAGACACCUAAGACUCAGGGGACGCCCACAUCCCGCCGCAAAGCCAUGGUGAACAGGGAGAAGAGGUUCACCUUCGUGUUGGCUGUCGUGAUGGGAGUGUUUGUGAUCUGCUGGUUCCCCUUCUUCUUCUCUUACUCUCUUCAGGCGGUGUGCCCCGAGACUUGCAGCAUCCCAAACCCCUUAUUUAAGUUCUUCUUUUGGAUUGGCUACUGCAACUCCUGCCUCAACCCGGUCAUUUACACCAUCUUCAACAACGAUUUCAGGAAGGCCUUCAAGAGGAUACUGUGCAGGGACACAAAGGGUACGUUCUUCUAGAAAGAAAAGUGUUGUGUUUUGAACUGCUGGCGGACACAAAGACAGUUUAUCUGAACAAUUUAUUUCUUUCUGUUUUUGACCGGGAUUGACCUUCUUCAGAAUCGACAUAAACACUUGUACAUUAGGAGGAAAUUGCGUCCAUUGUCUCUUCGCCUUGUUUGUCUGAAUGCUGUUGGCUGAGUCACAGCAGCACCAACAAAGAGGGAGAUUUCAGAAAGCCACAGUCAAGUGGCCAAAACAAUUAUCUUUAAUGUUAUUUAAGAAUAUGCUGUAAUUGUAUAUUCAAUUACUCUGAAGAAGAAUGAUUUGAUUAUAUUUUGAAACGGAAGUCAAGAGGAUACAGGGUCUGUGUUCAGUAAUUUAAAGUACAAAUGAUGUGUUUUUGUGUGAGUGUGUGUGCAUGGGAGUAGAGGAGGGUUGCCUAAGGGUCUUACUGGAAGAGAACAAAUAUCACUAAGUGUCCUUUAUCGGAGAUAAAAUGGGCACUCAAAGAACACAAGAUCAGGGAAAAUGUGAGCAUCCUUCCUCUCUGUGCCUAUUCCCUUCACUGUUUUCCUUCUGCUUCUUCCUCCAUGUAAAGCUGUAACUUUGUCAUGUACGUUAUGACGGAUGGAGCUGUUAUUCCCAAGUCUCUGUGAAGUGCUGGGUGUUACACCUCUCUCUGGGAAUCUCUCAUUAAGGUGAUAGCCAGAGGCUUUAACAAGGAAAAACUAGAGCAAGAGAAUCAGCAGAGGCUGCAUGAAAGAUGGAAACUCGUUGUGUGAAUGUGAUACGAGCUGAGGUGUUUGCUCCCCCCACCUCCUUUAAUCUUUUCUCCACCUGCGAUUUUUUUCUUCUCCGUCCUUGAAACUAAAAAUAACGCAGGAAGUCAGUGCAUGUGUUUGAGGCAGUGGUGGAAUGUAACGAAGUACAUUUACUCAAGUACUGUACUCAAGAUAAAAUUUGAGGCUACUUAAGUAUUUCUAUUGUAUGCAACUUUAUACUUCUACUCCACUUCAUCUUAAAUAUUAUACUUUUUACUGCACCUGAGGGAUGUCAGUGGUUAAUCGUUAAUCGGUUAACCACCAAGAAUAUUUUUGACCGGUUACACAUGUCAGUCGAUAGGUACAUUUAGCUACUCUUAAGUUUACUACACUGUGCACAACCUGGAUCCAAUAUCAUCAUGCAGAGACGGAGUGCGCAUGUGUGAAUUUCAGAGCCACCAUUUUAGACGUGUGCAUGCAUGCACGAGCUCGAGAGGACGGGGUAUCUAUCAAUCAUUUUUUAAUGUGGCCAAUCAGAGGCUUACAAUCCCCUGUCAGUCAAAAACGUAUUAGUUUUUAAUGCAGCCAAUCACUUCACCGUAGUGGGAGUAGGCAACAUUUCAACUAGCUAGCUAUGCUAAUGCUAGCUAGCGUCUGCGUAUCAACCCCCCGAUCAUAAUGGAAUAUAGUAACUUCAGCUACUGCUCAUUUUAGAAGGACCACUGUGAGAAAAUGUGUUAAAUUAUAGCAUAAUUAAUGCUAGCUAAGUGAGCUGAAAAGUUGUCUAUUUCGACUAUAAAAUGUUAAUCUAAACAAAGACAACGUUUCCUUUGAGUGGUCUUCCUAAAAUAACCAGUGGUGAAAGUCUCUAUUGGUCCAUGAUUAAGGAGCUAAUAUGGAGACAGUGUUAGCUAGUGCUCUAGGUAGUAGAAACGUUUUCUAUUUCUGCUUUAAACAACCAUUUGUGAACGUAAGGUUAAUGUUAUUUUUACAACAACUAUUUAAAAUAUGUAUUUAGCAAUCUCCAUCCGUACAACUGGGAGUCUGGUACUCGCACAUGCACAAGUCUAAAAUGGUGGUGCCUCUCCCGCUCUGCAGGGGGAUGUUUCUGUUAUGAGCUAGCUAGCUUGUGGUGUCGCUUUUCCUGCAGUUUCGGCUGGUAACACCAUCCCAACCCAACAACGUUUCCAUGGAAACACUGUGCCCACCGUCUGGUAUCCCCCCAGCUUGCUCCAGUGUGUAACAUUAUGCGGCUUAAUUUUGAGCCGUAAAACCCCCUUUAGCAUUGUUGAAAAUGUUAUCACUGUUAGCUCUGUUACCAUCGUUAGAAGUGUCAACACGGCUAUGGUGCUAACAUAGUUAAAAAUGCAAAAGGGGUUUGGCAGCUCAAAAUGAAGCGGUGCUACCCUGGGGGUAGACCGGAGGGUGGGCACAGAGUCAGCAACACAUCCCACCAGGAGGGCGUUACCAGGCCUCAGGAACGCUGUCCAGUCUUACAGCCAAUUUUUCCCAGUAGCCAUUGCAGAUUUGCUGUGACAAAAAUCCCUUGUGUACCAAAAAGAAUUUUCCCCAUAGACUACCAUUAUAAAAGAGAUGUCUGUAAAACUGUUGACAGGACACUUCAAGCUGCAAAGAAGCUUAAUUAUGACUCUUUAUAUUUGUAAAAUCAGUGACGUCAUCACAAUGUAAAGUCUAUGAGCCAGGCAGGAACUUGCGGGCAGGGCCAGCAGCAGAAACACUACUGCGCCUAUUCACCCAGGAGCUAGUAACUGUUUUUGGCGUAUACGCCAGGUGAACAAUGCCAAUGGGAUCAAUCGGCAACAUCUUGCCAUCCAGUAUCUUGGUAUUAUUAGAAAUCUAUGGGCAUUAUCAGCGGUAAUCGUUGAAUGAGCGGCACCACUAGCUAGCUAGCGUUAGCACCCACCUGACCUGGGCGGUGCGCAGUGCAGAGUGACCAAAAAAACAGUGGAGACCUGAGGGUAGGCAGUAGGCAUGUUUUCACGUUAAUGCCCCCAUCUAUUAGCAAAGAAAAUAAAAUAAUAUGUAAAGCAUUUACACCACAACACAUUUGAAUUUCACCACCUCUAAAUGGUUAGCACUUUGAAAUGCAGCGCUGAAGCUCACUGAGGCAGUGGAGCACCAGACUAAAGCAAAGGCCUCUUGUAUUUUACAUCUUUUGUUCUUAAAAAUUACCCAGUUAGUUCAUAGGUGUCAGCCAAUCGAAAGCAAAAGUAACCGAAACUGACAAUCCUACACUAAAUUUGUCUGACAGCUUUAGUUACUUUUCAGAUUCCCAACUUUUGAUCCCCUUCCUGUCCAGUGAAAACCAUCAUAUCUCCAGAUGUUUUGAUGCUGAAUGUUUGUGAUAAACUGAAGAAUGAAGAGCUCCUUUAUGUGUUGAGAA